AUGCCCUUAUUCGCCAAGUUCAACGGCUUCGCCCCAAAGACCAAAAACGCAAUAGUUGCAGGCACCCUGACCAGUUUCGUUCUUGGGGUAUAUUUCUACACCAUGAGAGCCGUUGGAGGGACGGAUGAGCUGCAGGUGGCGAUCAACAAGUUUGAAGGGAUGAAGAGUGAGACCGAAUCAGGCUCAGCAUCCACAUCAUGA